AGAGAGGAAGGAGAAGACUAUAAUGAAUUAAAAGGCUAAGGUUAAAUCAGGCAACACAACAAUUAGACGGACUACGUCACACAGGUCUAUCAUUUCAUCGGGUAAUUACGUCUCUCGGCUCCUUAACCCUAAUACUGCCGAGACUCCCUCUUUCUGUUGAGCCAAUCAGUGUUCAUCACUCGUCCGUACGAACUAGGGUUUCACAGUGAUCGACAAUCACAAUGUACAGAACAGCUGCCUCUCGCGUUCGCUCUCUCAAGGGUCAUGUGUGUAGUAGGAUACCUGCAGCCACAAGAUUUGCCAGUUCUAGCGCUGUUGCCACAAGUUCAUACUCUUCAGGUGGCCUCUUUGGCUGGUUGACUGGGCUGCGAUCCAAUUCUACACCUCCUCUGGAUUUUCCACUUCCAGGUGUCUCUCUUCCCCCUUCAUUACCGGAUUAUGUUGAACCAGCUAAAACCAAGAUUACAACUCUCCCGAAUGGUGUCAAAAUUGCCUCAGAAGCAUCAGUGAGCCCUGCUGCCUCAAUAGGUUUAUAUGUUGAUUGUGGCUCUAUCUAUGAGUCACCGGUCUCUUUUGGGGCCACACACUUACUUGAGCGUAUGGCCUUUAGAAGCACAAGAAACCGGAGCCAGCUGCGUGUUGUGCGGGAAGUGGAGGCAAUCGGUGGCAAUGUCCAAGCCUCAGCCUCUAGAGAACAGAUGGGAUACACUUUUGAUGCUCUGAAAACUUAUGUUCCUGAAAUGGUAGAGUUGCUUAUUGACUGUGUGAGGAACCCUGUUUUCUUGGAUUGGGAGGUUAAUGAGCAGCUGCUGAAGGUGAAAUCUGAGAUCAGCGAUGCUUCCAACAAUCCCCAAGGCUUGCUUUUGGAAGCAAUUCACUCUACUGGUUAUUCUGGUGCAUUGGCUAAUCCUCUUCUAGCCCCAGAAUCUGCCAUAAAUAGAUUGAAUAGUACAAUUUUGGAGGAAUUUGUUGCUGAAAAUUAUACUGCUCCUCGGUUGGUACUCGCAGCUUCUGGUGUUGAACAUGAGCAGCUGCUAUCUGUAGCUGAACCUCUUUUAUCUGACCUACCCAGUGUUCCUUGUCCACAAGAACCAAAAUCUGUGUACAUUGGAGGUGAUUAUCGUUGUCAAGCAGGCUCAGGGGACCAGAGAACCCAUUUUGCUCUUGCAUUUGAACUUCCUGGUGGUUGGCAUAAUGAGAAGGAAGCUAUGACUUUGACUGUUCUUCAGAUGCUAAUGGGAGGAGGUGGAUCAUUCUCAGCAGGGGGGCCUGGAAAAGGAAUGUACUCAAGGCUAUAUCUUCGUGUCUUGAAUGAGUAUACACAAGUUCAGUCAUUUUCGGCAUUCAACAACAUCUACAAUCAUACUGGCAUAUUUGGUAUUCAGGCUACCACUGGUUCUGAUUUUGUAUCAAAAGCCAUUGACAUAGCAGUGAAGGAGCUUAUUGCAGUCGCCACUCCUGGAGAAGUUGAUCAAGUACAACUAGAUCGUGCUAAACAAUCAACCAAGUCUGCAAUUUUGAUGAAUUUGGAAUCCAGAAUGGUUGUAUCUGAAGAUAUAGGCAGACAAGUUUUGACAUAUGGUGACAGGAAACCCCUGGACCAUUUCUUGAAGGCUGUGGAUGAUAUCACAAUGAAGGAUAUUACUUCAAUUGCCCAGAAGCUUCUUUCAUCCCCACUGACAAUGGCAUCAUAUGGAGACGUUAUUAAUGUCCCAAGCUAUGAUUCUGUCAGCAACAAGUUCAAGUCAUAAAUUAAAUUGCUUCCUGUAUUGAACCAGGCAGGCACCAUACCUGUUGUCUAUAAUACUUUGCAUCUGCAUACCUUGAAGCACUUUAUGGCCAAUGCAGUUGACAAUAAGAGAAAUUUUAGACAUUCCCAUUUUUUUUUUUUUUUUUGAAUAAUUUGGUGUGCUAAGCAUGGAGCAAUCAGAUCAUUUUGAUGUAUGUUGGUGUGUCCAUUAUUGUCGAAGCUCAUAUUCUUUUUGUAGGUUGGUUCUACAAUUAACCCCAAAUGGGAAAUAAUUUCAUAUGGCUGGUAGACAAAACAAAUUUUUGAAUGGCGGCAGAAGUUGAUGGAAUUGCGGUUAAUGUUCCUCUUGCAUAAUUUAUUUCAUUAAUUAUGUUGUUUACCAUGCCAAGAUCAAGGCUAGUUUUGACUUCCUCAUCGCCUUGUAUUCUGGAUGAACCACUGAAGACUUGUUGAGAGUAAAGACAGCUUUCUUGUGGCUUAUUUUAAUGUAAUUUGUGGAUUAAUUGGUGGCUGUAUGGUGUGAUUAUCAAAGCUAAUAGGCAAAUCAGUUCUCACUUUUGAAA